CAGCUGAUCCCUCCCUCACAUCCGAUUUAUGUCGCACACCCUGGCACCUUCCACUCCAAAAAAAUUACAGAUAGACUGAGAGAGUGAGAGAGAGAAAUUUCUAAAGCAACCAACUGAAAAACGCGAACUCAAUCGCCGAGCUUCUUGAAAACGCUAAUUGGAUGCCACGUGUCUGAUUCCGGUGAAUAAAGCAUGGCCAUCGUAGACAACCACCAGCACCAUCACCACCGGCACAAGUCGCACUCCGACGUGAAGCUCUUCGCUCUCUGCCCGUUUUGGCAGUCCGGGGGCCAAACGUCGUCCUCUUCCUCUUCCACGCAGAACCUCCAGGGCCACGUCGACGGAUCCAAGUCGAAGCCCAAAACGGUGUCGUCCGUCGCCAGAUCGCUUCUCCCUCCCCGCCGUCGGCUCCGGCUCGACCCUGCCAACAAACUCUACUUCCCUUAUGAACCUGGGAAACAGGUGAAGAGCGCAAUCCGGUUAAAGAACACUAGCAGGUCUCAUGUAGCUUUCAAGUUUCAAACUACCGCACCGAAGAGCUGUUAUAUGCGUCCUCCGGGAGGUAUACUUGCUCCGGGAGAAAGCAUAAUUGCGACUGUGUUUAGGUUUGUGGAACAACCCGAGAACAAUGAGAAACAUUUGGAUCAGAGAACCAAGGUUAAGUUCAAGAUUGUGAGUCUGAAGGUGACAGCAGGAACAGACUAUGUGCCUGAGCUGUUUGAUGAACAAAAGGAUCAAGUGACUGUUGAGCGAAUUUUGCGGGUUGUAUUUUUGGAUGCAGAGCACCCUAGUCCUGCUCUGGAAAAACUGAAUAGACAGUUGGCCGAAGCUGAGGCUGCACUUGAAGUGCGUAAAAAACCUCCUGUGGACUCGGGUCCUCGUGAUGUCGGGGAAGGCCUUGUAAUAGAUGAAUGGAAGGAGCGAAGGGAGAAAUACUUGGCUCGGCAGCAAGUUGGAGCAGUAGAUUCAGUAUAAAUUGUUAUUAGCUUUUGCUGUAAGUGCUUUUGGCCUUAAUGGAAAUUUCUCAUAUUGUAAUUUUGUAUUCUUUUUGCUCAUCGGUCUUUGGAUAAAUGGUAGGGGGGGUAAGGUGAGGAAGUAACUGGCAUUCAGAAAUAUUAUGGGUGUAAAACAAAGUAACAUGUUAUUAUGCCAUUACUUGUGUGAUGGGCGGAAUUGUGAUCAUGGUACCUGGAUCCAGGCUAAGCUGCCCUCUUGUAGAUAAUGAGUUUUGUUUUAGGAUGAAAAUAAGUGACAAGCUCUAUUGGUAUCAGCGUGUUUGUUGUACUUGUAAAUUUUCAAUGUUGAGAUGCCCUAGUGUUCUUUCUUCGA